AUGUUUGUCUUAGAAAAUGGUGCGAAGAAGGGGGAAGAACAAAGGCUUCAAGCCAUCUCCCAAGCCAUCAGAGUGGUGCCUCACUUCCCCAAACAAGGAAUAAUGUUUCAAGAUAUAACAACAUUGUUGUUGGAUCACAAAGCGUUUAAAGACGCGGUGGACAUUUUUGUUGAUCGUUACAGAGACAUGGAUAUUUCUGUUGUUGCCGGGGUUGAAGCCAGGGGAUUCAUUUUUGGUUCCUCAAUUGCGUUAGGCAUUGGUGCCAAGUUUGUUCCUUUAUGCAAACCUGGAAAGCUACCAGGUGAAGUAAUAUCAGAAAAAUAUGUUCUAGAAUAUGGCAGUGAUUGCUUGGAGAUGCAUGUUGGGGCUGUUCAGGCCAGUGAACGGGUCAUAAUUAUUGAUGAUUUGGUGGCUACAGGUGGAACUCUGUCAGCAGCAACUAGACUUCUAGAACGUGCUGGUGCAGAAGUGGUGGAGUGCGGUUGUGUGAUUGGUGUGUCAGAUCCCAAGGUAGGGUGCAACAAGGUGAAUGGAAAGCCACUUUAUAUCCUUUUGGAGCCACGUGAAGUAGAAAAUGAUUUUUGA